AGUCUCAGUCUCAGUCUCAUGUGUGCAACGGUUCGAGUCGGUAGUCGGUAGUCAAUAGUCGGGUAGACACUAGCUGUAGACACUAUAUAUAAUGUGAUUGCCAUCGGCAUCUGUGAAGACUGUGAAAAACAUCUGUAGCACAGAUCGCAUCUGUAUCCGUAUCGUAUCUAUUGAAUCACCUCAAUACUCGAGCACAGCCCCAUUAGCGCAGUGGACAGUGGCGAGUGGGGAUCGUUCGGAACGGAACAAUGCGUGUGUUUGUCGCUCUGUGGCUGCUCGUCACGCUGGUCAGCACAGCUCUGGCGAUUACCUGCUUCGAAUGCGAUUCCGUAAACGAGCCUGGGUGUGGGGAGAGCUUCUCGGGCGAUGACAUAGCCAAGACGGAUUGUAAUGCCGUCGAAGUCCUGGGCGACAUGCGAUCCUACAACCCCCAGGGCGUGGAACCCACUUGCCUGACCAAGUACUAUGAGGGUAUGCCUGGAAGUUCGCGUUUCGUUCGGCGCUCUUGCUUCUUUGGCGAUUCCUCGCCGGCGGGCUUCAGCUGCGAUGAGUCCCCGGAUCCGUUGGUGCCUUACCAGAGCUUCCUCGGCUGUACCCUCUGCAACAGCGAUCUAUGUAAUGCAGCCGGAUGCAAAGUCCCCUCCAUGCUGCUAUCUUUUGUUUUCUGUGCGUAUGGAUUACUAUUGUUUCUCGCAAAUUAAUAAGAAAAAGGAGAAAAAAAACAUAAGAAACUUUACCAAAACUCAAAAAAUAUAAUGAACAUAAGGAUAAUUAUUUUGAAACUACAAUCUUGUUUGAGAACUCCCUUGGAGAGACAAUAGUAUUUUGUUUGUUUUAAUUUUCAUUUAUUUGAUUUUGUUUCCGUUGUUUUUACACAUCCACUAAAAUGAUUUAACAUACAUAUAUAUUUAUAUAAUAGUUAUUCUUGUUUGUUUAAUAAUAUAAUUUAUUGAAUAAAAAUUUACUCGUCUCCUACUAUAUAUGUGUGUGUAUGUAAGUAAGUGUCUGUCUGUGUGUGGAUGUGUGUUUUGUAAUUAGGAUUUAUCGAUUAAAAAUAUGCAUAAAUUAAAUAAAAUAACAUUUGAAAAAAAAAAAAACACACUUGUCACUCUUUCAAUCAGCAAUACACACUCAAUUGAUCUUUAAAUAUAAUAUUCAUAUAUACUCUAUUGUAUAUAUUGUACGUAGGAUGUACAUUUAAUUCCAGUUUUGCUGCAUAAAUUAUUGUUUGGGUAUGUGGGUACAUAGAUAACACACGAUCACUGUAGCAUGAUUUAUGGGGCUUAGGCUUAGCUGCUGGCUAUAUCCUAUAUCUAUUCAUUUCAGGGCUUGCAGGGCUACACAUAAAUAACAUUCAAAUAUAAAUAUAUAUGUAUAUGGGUAAUUAUCUGUAUAAUAUAUAGGCAUAUAUCAAAUAGUAUAAACUACACAUUGAGAACAAUUCAGAUAGAAAACAGUUUUUAUGUACAAAAGAUUUAGUGUUUGCUUUACCAAAUACUGUCCAUGUAAGCGUUCCCUUAAUCCCAGCAGAAUCUCCGAGAAUCCUCCGGGUGGGAGUGGAGCGACUGAGUCAAUGCCACAAACAAUCCGCUCCAAGCAUUCCACCGUCUUAAGCUCUAUAAACAUUAUCAUAUCAUCGAUCGAUUGUGUAAGAAUUAGUCAACCAAAUAAAGUAAUUCACAUUCAGAAACAAGUAACAAACGGAUUUCAUUCUCUUAUUUAUCGCUUAGCAUUAGCUCGUGUAUCAACAUCAGGGAUCAACUUGUUCAACUAUUUGCAGCUGGUAUUUUGUAAUGUAUAGAUCGGUUAUUUUAUUUCAUAGGCCAUAUAAUGCUGCGCUUACG